AUGAGAUUAGUUUCUGGAAUUUUUUAUGACAAAUUAAUUGGUAUAAUUGGUGGAGUUGGUGGUGGUGGUGUUGGUGGUGGAGGAGGAGGAGGAGUCGUCUUGGGAUUGAGUAAAUUUGGGAAAAGUGGAAAUGCAAUUAUAGAUGAUUUUAUUCUUGAAAAAACAUUAAGAUGGAUUCCUUAUAACAAAUUUAAAAAUGUUGAACAUCUUAGUGAAGGAGGAUUUGGUACUAUAUACAGAGCUAUUUGGUUAAAGAAUAAUGGAGAUAAAGAAGAUGAAGAGGAUGAAGAAGUAAUUCUUAAAUGUCCCAAGAAUUUAAAUGAAAAUUUAAAUGAAUUUUUAAAAGAAUGGGAAUAUCAUACAAGUGUUUUAGCUUCAAGUGAUAUUAUAAAUGUUUAUGUAUUCACAAAAGAUCCAAAUACUUCAAAAUAUAUGGUAGUAAUGGAGUAUGCAAAUAAAGGUAAUUUAAGAGAAAAUUUAACAACAAUAGUCGAAAAUAAUUGGAAUCAAAAAUUAUAUAUGUUGUACGAAAUUAUUUCUGGACUUAAUAAGAUACAUGGAGAAAAUCUUAUUCAUUGUGAUUUUCAUGAUGGUAAUAUUUUAAAUCAUAAUAAUAAGUUUGAUGGUGAUAAAAUUUAUAUUAGUGAUUUAGGAUUAUGUCAACCUGUAAAAUCGUUUUUGAAAAAAUAUGAUAUUUAUGGUGUUAUACCAUUUAUGGCUCCUGAAGUUUUAAGAGGCAAAUCUUAUACUCCAGCUAGUGAUAUAUAUAGUUUUUCUAUGAUUAUGUGGGAACUUACAUCUGGGAUACCACCAUUUAAUAAUAGAGCACAUGAUCUUGAACUUAGUUUAGAUAUUUGUAGAAAAGGUGAACGACCUGAAAUUAUUGAAAAUACUCCACAAUGUUAUGUAGAUUUAAUGAAAAAAUGUUGGAAUGAAGAUCCAUUAAAAAGACCAGCUUCUAAAGAAGUAUUAAAAAUUAUUAAAAAAUGGAUUUUCCGUCCUUAUAAAGAUGAUGAAGUCAAUGAUGAAUUAAAAAGCAACAUUAUGGAAUUUAUAAAUGCACCAAUUGGGCAGCAUAACAAUCUUGUUACUCAAUUUCAUCCUAAAGCAUGUUAUACAAGUCGCUUACUUGAUUUUACUAGUAAAAAAUUGAAUGAAAUUCUUGAAAGUGAAAAUUUGAAUGAUUGUGUGAUUAAAGAUUUGAGAACAUUUGAUGAGAAUAUUAUUAAGUUGAAUGAAAUUCUUGAAAGUGAAGAUUCACAAGCUAGUGUAAAAACAAAUGAAAUACUAGUAAGUGAAAAUUUGAGUGAUUGUAUAAUUAAGAAUUUGGGGUCAUCAGAUAUUAAAACUGAUGAAAAUUAA